AUGUUAAUCGCAUCCCGAGUGAGUGUGUGUGUGCGAGAACAGAGCGAGUGUGUGAGUCCCUCCCGCUCCAGCUUCUCCGAGCAGCGGCUGCCGCCGCCACCCUCCGCCUGCAGCCGCCCUCGGCCACUGGUGCCCAGCUGGGGGGUGUCGGCCUGGGUGGGUCCGCCCGGCCCCCAGGGGUCUCUCCUGCGGCGCCCAUCUGCCCGCCUCCGCAAUGUCCGGGGCCCAACUUCCAGAGCAACAUGUGUAGCGGCGUCCUCGCCUAGUUGGGGUGGCCGCAACCUUGGGGGACAGACAGGGCAGGACGGGGCCGAAGACGAGGAGAGAGAGCCAGCCGGAGCCAGGGACAGCCAGGAGGUCCCCACCACCAACGCCGCCGCGCCUCCGCUGCCGCCGCCGCCGCCGCCGCCGCCCCAGGGCCUGGGCCCCCAGCGGCUCCCUGAGCCCUCCGCGGAAUCUUCGGGUCGCUGGACUCUGGGUUCCGGUCCUGACCCCCCGCAAUACCCCCCACAGAACAGGGUCAUGAAAAGAGGCCGCCCGGAGGGGCCCGCAGGCGAUGCGCGGCGCCGGUGGCCCCCGCGGCCCUCGGGGCCCCGCUAAGAUGCUGC